AUGACAUGCCUCAACCUCCAUUCUCCAUUGUUUCUCAUGCAUGCAAAACUCAAAUUGCAGCAACAUCAUAUAGGAAUGGAGCAUACUACAAAACUACUCUGGGGUGAAGAACCAAGCAGGACUAAUCCACAUUGCAAGAACUUUUCUUCAGCUAGUAAUUCAUUAAGGACUAAGGCAAUUCCAGAUUUCAUUGUUGUUGCUGCUACUUCUCCGCCCAAACCCGGUGACCCGUCUACGUUUCUUCCAGUAAGUGCCCUGCUUAUAUCAGUAUACUUCAUAUCAAAUUUCGUAGUGCCGGAUAUUAUUACCAAAUAUUUUGGACUCGAUAAAGUAACCGAAGACAAGAAGGUUGAUGAUGCAGAGGAUAAAUAG